UCUCGAAGUAAAGCAUAACAAAUACAGACAUGACUAUCAUAAUAUUUCACAGAAUCUCAAACCAAGAGUUAGAGUCUCAAAUCCCAUACUUUCUUUAAGCAUUUCCACGUGACUCAAACGCUAGUGAUUUCCUGCCGAACAUUGAACUACAGCAAAGCUCUACAACGAGUCAACAACGCCAAUCCCAAUUGACACCCCAACUCAUCAUGAAUUCUCUCCGUAUUGCUCGCACAGCUCUGCGAGUGCGUCCUGCAGCUAUCAAGGCGCCUCUCCAACGCAGAGGAUACGCCGAAGCUGUGUCGGAUAAGAUCAAGUUGAGCUUGGCUCUACCCCAUCAAUCUAUCUACAAGUCACAGGAUGUUGUUCAAGUCAACAUUCCCGCGGAGUCAGGUGAAAUGGGUGUCCUCGCAAACCACGUUCCUUCGAUCGAGCAACUGAAGCCUGGUCUUGUGGAGGUCAUUGAGGAGAGUGGUGGAAGCAAGCAAUUCUUCCUGUCUGGUGGAUUCGCCAUUGUUCAGCCAAACUCGGAACUGAGCAUCAACGCCGUGGAGGGUUUCGCUUUGGAGGAUUUCAGCAUCGAGAACGUUCGAUCACAAUUAUCAGAAGCACAAAAGAUUGCCAGUGGAAGUGGAAGUGAGCAAGAUAUUGCUGAGGCCAAGAUUGAGAUUGAGGUGUUGGAAAGCUUGCAGUCUGUUCUCAAGUAAAAGUGCAUUCUCGGUUCUAGUGAAGCACUUUCGGAAAGACUUAUAGACGAGCGGCUAUGUACAUCAUUGUUUUUUAAAUGCAUUCUAUG